AUGAGCGACGACGAAGCGGACCCUGAACUGCUUGAACUCCUUCGUCAAAGCUUAGGCAUAUCUCAACCGACCCACGGCGAGGUUUCAAGCGACACUGGUAUGUGGAACUAUCUUACCCCUCGGCGCUUAACGUCUGAGUACAUGUUCGCCCUGUGUAUUCCCCCUAACCUAUCCCUCUCUGACUCUGCGUGAAAGGUGUCCUGAGAGAUGCCGAAUACAUCUACAGCAAUGCCAUCGACGUGUCCAUCGACAUGUAUGGCACCAAAGCCGCCGCUGCCGAGAUCUACAAGACGAUGCAGGAGAAGUCUUACUCCACGGAGACUUGGAGUGAACAUGAGUUGCAUCCCAAGAUGAGCGAGGGCUUUACCGAGCUUGACAUUGUCAAUUUUGUCUUCACGAUGGAUCUCUUGAAUUUCUCGUGAGUGCUCUCGACAGGGUCGCACAUGACAACGCACACUGACAUGUGACAGAUUCUGGUCAGAGCUGUCAAGUGAAGAGCGCUUUCAGGUGGAGUACCGCGGCAAGCGGUGGACGGGCUACAACAGCCUCGUUGCCAGCUUACGACGAGCACUGGACGAAUCCAUUCCCAUUACGACUCCACGCUACUGGCGUACUCGAGGUUUCACAGACGAUGUUCUGCAGCAUGUCUUUCGAAGUGCGACUGCAGAACCAAUCCCACUGCUCGAGCAAAGGAUGUCAAUCCUGAGAGAGGCAGGUGAUGUCCUGCGCGAGGUGUGUACAAGUUGUGCUCAAAACGCAUUCCGGGCCAUGCUGACUUGGUAGAGCUUUGGAGAUGAGACGGACGGAGAGGAUACGAUCGACGGUGUCGACGACCUUGAAGCUGUUCGCAAUGAUGCAUCAGCCGGUGUCACCGAGCCUUUCAACGCAAACGCACCUGUACGUUUGGAUAUCACCCAACCAGGAACUGAAGAACUGGUAGAAGGAAGUCAGUACAUCGAGAGCCUGCGAAUGGAUAUCGACGGCCCUGCCAGUGAUGCGCACAGGGACAACACCGAGACCACGACGUACGGUUCGACAGGAAACGCGGAAGACCAGACUAUCCCGCAGACUUCAUCGACGCAGCCAUUGUCCCUUGGAGAAGUCGACGCGAUCGCGAAUGGUAAAGCACACACAUCGCUCAGCAGCGAUCGGGUGGAGAUUAAAUCGGGUUCCGGACUCACAAGCGACCAAGUUUCUCCUCCGUUAGACACAGGCACAAGCGACCAAGUUCACGACAGCUCACGUUCCCCGGUGAAUACAAAUGCGACAUCGGGUUUGCGGUCAGAAAGUGCGAACGAGGGCGCCGUGCCGCAAAGUGACACGGAAUGUGCACUCGGCAGGCGGCCGCGGGAUGUUGUGAGGCCAGACCAUGCGGUUGUGCAAAUGAUUCAGCGAGCCGAUCAGUCGGCAGGGAAGCUGGUGAAUCUGCUGGCCAAGCACUUCGAAUGCUUCCGGGACGAGACUCGUUUCGACGGCCGCAGAGUGCGACUUCUCAAACGAGCGCAGAUAUUUGUCGCUGACUUGUGGGCGGCACUGAAUCAGAGGGGACUGGGAGAGUUUGUUGACAUUGGACACCUCACGAUGUUUGCAGGUACGUGGUAAGGUUCCCAUCGCAUUGCUGCGCAUAUGUGCGGCGGCAGUGUGCAGAUGUGAUAUGGCGAGGAAGCGGCAGAAGUGUGUUGGGCUGACGAUCUGUUGUGUGCGCUUGCAGAUUAUCGUGUGCCGCAAGCAUUGCAUUCAUUGGGUGUGUUGACGUACAGCCCUCCAUUGGAUUAUCACCUCCGCGACAUGAAGCCCCUGCGAUCAGGGCAUAGCUGGGAAGUGCAGCUUCGGUAAGUCUCGCCACGCGGCGCGAGGCCGUAUUCCGAAAGCAGGAUGCAUGCAGCUAGCUAACCGCCUGGUUGAUGGACAUUACAGCGGGUGCAGCAUCUGGGCGGUGGAGUUGCUCCGCCGCGAGAUUGUCAAGAGCCAGCCGGAGGCAGCCAACACACUGAAUGCGGUACUCAUCGACUUUUUCCUGUACGAUCUGGCCAAGGAGCGGGAGAGGGCAGGUGAGUGUUGUCUUGGCAAACGAAUUCUCUGUGCCUGUGCCUGUGCCUGUGCCUGGGCGUGGGCGUGGGCGUGGGCGUGGGCGUGCAGACGGGAGAAGCAAGGGGCGACUUCCUGUUCCUGCGUCUGCGUGUGUGAGGGUCUAAUCGGAAUCGGACUGCGAUUUGUCGAGGUUGUCGUGUGGUGAAACUCGAGGGCUGACGUGAAACGCAAGCAGGCAUCCCCGGCAUCCCCACCCAGCGCACCAGGUCCAUCUGGUACUAG